AUGCUAGAGUCUCACCUCAUUAUCUCUUUUCUUUUUGUGGUGAUACAAUUUCUUAUCGGGAUUUUUGCAAAUAGCAUCAUCGUGGUGGUGAAUGGCAUUGGCGUGAUCAAGCAGAGAAAAAUGACGCCACUGGGCCUCCUUCUUUCCUGCCUGGCAGUUUCUAGAAUUUUUAUGCAGUUGUUCAUCUUUUUAAAUCACAUGGAUGCUCUCUCCUUGGUAGAAAUCCUCAUACCUUCUGACGGUUUUGGAAUCAGCUCGUUCAUAAAUCAAUCGGAACUUUGGUUUGCCACAUGGCUGGGUGUUUUCUACUGUGCCAAGAUUGCCAACAUUUCUCACCCACUCUUCUUCUGGCUGAAGAUGAGGAUAUCCAAGCUGGUGCCAUGGCUGAUCCUGGGGUCUCUGCUAUAUGCAUCUACCUCUUGGGUUUUCCACAGCAAAUAUAUAUGGCCUAUUUCCCAAAACCUCUCAGUAGGCUUUUCCUCCGAAAAUAUGAGGACUCAAAAGAAAGAAAGUCUUGCUUUGGAUUAUUUCUUUCUUGUCCUGGGGUUCCCCAUUCCAUUAUUUAUCUUCCUUGUUGCUACUCUACUCCUGGUUUUUUCCUUGGGGAGACACACACGGCAGAUGAGAAACAUGACGGCCGGCACCAGGGACCCUCGCAUGAGUGCCCACAUCCAUGCCGUGCUCUCCAUCCUGUCCUUCCUAAUCCUCUUCUGCUUCCACUACACGAUGGAAUUGUUGAUCUCUUUUCAAACUCUUCAGUUCAGAAGACUCAACUUUCUGUUCGUCAUGUCUGUACUUGGUAUGUACCCCUCUAUACACUCUACCAUCUUAAUUUUAGGAAAUCCUAAACUAAAACAAAAUGCAAAGAAGUUCCUCCUCCACAAUAAGUGCUGUCUGUGA